CCGGCAGCGCUCCACAGCUACGCCCCUCUCUAUAAAGGGAUGCAGCAGUGGCCGCCUUGACAGCCCCUGCCCAGAAGUACUUCUAGAUCAGGCAAGGCAGGGCUGGGCUGGACUGGGCAGCGUGGAGCGGAGGGGAGCGGAGCCACCCCUGCCCCUGGUCGGUCCCAGGCAAUGAUCGAUGGCGGGGAGCAGCCUCCUCUGCCCCGCGCCCGUGUGAGGGGGCGAGCCCAGAAUCCCUGCUGCUCAUUGCACAACCACAGCUGGCAACUAAGCAGCCCGAGCCUCUGCCACCGCCACCGCCGCGCGGGACCCCUGGAGCCCUGGAGUUUGUCCCUUCGCUCCCCGAGAGUUACUUUGCAGGGAGCGAUCUGUCCCAGAGAGAAUAACUGACAAGCCGCGGGCGCCCGGGGCAGUGAGUGGAGCCCAGCCCCGAGCAGGGGCAUUGCCAAAGCUCCCACUUGGUUUCCUGUCUCAGAGCCAGGACAGAAGAAUAGGGAAGGAACUAAAUCUCCUAAAGUCAGUGGAGAAGGAAAACAACUAAUCAUGAUGAAAUUGGCAUAGCACCUGAAACUGAUCUCCCCCCGCCCCGCCACCCAGAAGAUCAAAAUGAAUCUCAAUUCUUCCACUGAAGAGACUAUUAAAAGAAUCCAAGAUGACUGUCCCAAAUCAGGAAGACAUAGCUAUAUAUUUAUCAUGGUUCCCACUUUAUACAGCAUCAUCUUUGUUGUGGGAAUCUUUGGCAAUAGCUUGGUGGUGAUUGUCAUUUACUUCUACAUGAAACUGAAGACAGUAGCCAGCGUUUUUCUAAUGAAUUUGGCUCUGGCUGACUUGUGCUUCUUAAUGACUUUGCCCCUCUGGGCUGUCUACACUGCUAUGGAAUACCGCUGGCCCUUUGGAAACUGCUUGUGUAAGAUCGCGUCUGCCGGCAUCAGUUUUAACCUCUAUGCUAGUGUAUUCCUUCUCACCUCCCUGAGCAUCGACCGCUACCUGGCUAUCGUCCACCCGAUGAAGUCUCGCCUUCGGCGCACCAUGCUGAUGGCCAAAGUGACAUGCAUAGUGAUUUGGCUGCUCGCCGGCUUGGCCAGCCUACCUGUUGUAAUCCACCGCAAUGUCUUUUUCAUCGAGAAUACAAAUAUCACCGUCUGUGCUUUUUAUUACAAAACCCACAACUCCACCCUCCUGGUGGGACUGGGCCUAAGCAAAAACAUCUUGGGUUUUUUGAUUCCUUUUCUGGUGAUUCUGACAAGCUAUACCCUGAUUUGGAAGACCCUGAAAAAGGCUUAUGAGAUUCAGAAAAACAGGCCAAGAAAUGAUGACAUUUUCAAGAUCAUAAUGGCGAUCGUCCUAUUCUUUUUCUUUUCCUGGAUUCCACACCAGAUAUUCACGUUUCUAGAUGUGCUGAUCCAGCUGGGCAUCAUAAAGGAUUGCAAAACCAUAGAUAUUGUGGAUACAGCAAUGCCCAUAACCAUCUGCAUAGCCUAUUUUAACAACUGCCUGAAUCCCCUCUUUUAUGGCUUUUUGGGAAAGAAGUUUAAGAAAUAUUUUCUUCAGCUCCUGAAAUAUAUACCACCCAGUUUCAGGUCUCAUUCCACGCUAACGACAAAAAUGAGCUCUCUUUCCUAUCGGACAUCAGAUAACUUAAGCGUAUCUGCUAAAAAGUCAGUUGCAUGUUUUGAGGUUGAGUGAUAGGCUUGAAAUAUGGUACUGGAGUGAUCAUAUGAGCAAGGGUUUACAUCCAUGCUUGGAUAGUACUCUGCAUCUUUAUCAAACAUUGGCACUUUUCCCAACUCUGAUAAAAACAUACAUGUUGAUUGGUGUGAACAGCCUUCCCAAACCUCUGAACAAAUUUCUUCAUUCCUUCUACAACAAAUAGAAACAAACUUGAAAGACAUCAUGGCGUGGAGGAUAGAACAGUGGACUUGGUGUUAAAAAAAGACCUUGGGUUCUAAUCCUGCCUUAGUCAUUUACUACCUGGCCAUGGGAAAAUCAUUUGACCUUUCUGAGCUUCUGGUUCCUCAUCCAAAAAAAGAGAUAGAUGGACAAGAUGGAAGGUCCCUUCCAUCUCUCAGUCUUUGACCCAGUGAAACUUAAACCUUCUCCAGACAAACUGAACACCAUUUUCCAGAAAGAUCAGAUUGUAGAACGAUGUCAGAAUAUGUGUCAACCAUGCACUGACUUUUCAAAAUUCUGGUGGCAAAGUAAGAUCCUGCUCCAUCUCCUUUUCUUAUAUUCUUUUGGGGUCCCCUCCCCAUACUUCCUUUAUUAUUAUAGGGAACUUUUAUUAUGAAAACUCCCUCUACCAGUGUAGAUGAGCAAUUUGUCUGUAACUCGAGUGUUUGAGAGUUCCCUGGAAACACUUAGAACUCUGACACUCUGAAGUGUCAGAGACCCUGCUUUCUCUCUCUCUAUCAACUGUACUACCCAAAGAAUGCAAAUGAGACCUAGAAUAGGCUAUGGGGGCUUGGAAACACCCAAGCAGGAGAGGAGAGCAGUGCCACACUCAGUUUCCAACGUGUGGUAUUUGGGUUCCUGUUUGGGUUAAAUAGCAUCUAUAGUUGAUUUGUAAAGGGAAUGCCAAAUUUUCUUUUCAAGGCUCAGAAAUCUUUUGUGAAGCUCAGCUGGUGUGUCUAGUAGAUUUGGCACUGCCAAUGCAAUUCUAGCUAAACUAUAUCUUUGUGUAAAAAUGUGUUACAGUGUUCGUGUAUAAAAGGUAAACUACUCAUGUGUAUUAAAGUAUUACUCUGGUCCUGAACAGAAAGUGUGUUCCCGAUAAUACUUGUUUUCUUUUGUAUCUGAAAAUAAAAAUGAGAAAUCUGUCCCUUCUGGCAGAAAUCCCAUGUCCCUUUCAAAAACUAGAUGUUCUGUCUGCAUACUUAACUGUUUGCUGUUGUUUAGGUAAAAUAUGACAAAACUAUAAACUACCAUAAAAUGAAAUGAUUUUAUUUUCAUGUAUUUUAUCUUUAUUAUUUUAAUAUAUUCAUCUUUGGAGUUAAACACAACUGUGAAUAAGUAUGUACAUAAUUUACACUUAAUUAUAUCCAUAUUAAUAGAGCUUAUUGGUAACUUGGCAACUGCCAUAUAUAUGCUUUCGUGUGAAUGUGUAUAAACAUAUAUGUACUUAUGCACACAUACAUGUGCCAUCAUUGGAAAGCUUCAGCCAAUAGCUGGUUAUUUACACUGGAAAAUAAGAGCACCAACAUAUACCUUCCUGAAUAUUCUAAAUACUUUUCAUGUAACACUUAAAACCAUCUUAUAGUGUUAAAAUGUUAAAUUUCUCUCCUAUUCAGGUUGCUUCUUUAUGUUUGUUUUCCUAAAAAACAACUUACAACAAUGGCAUCUUGUGACCAAAUAUUGGAACAUAUCUUUUGAUUUCUUUAAUAAAAAAAAAUAGUCAACGACCAACUCAA